AUGGAGAGCUUCACGGAGGCCCUGAACCGGCUGAAGGACGCCCACGACAAGGAGGUGCUGGGCCUACAGAGCAAGCUCGCGGAACUGAACACCGAGAGGUGCCGGGAUGCUCAGCGGAUCGAGGAGCUGUUUGCCAAGAACCAGCAGCUCCGGGAGCAGCAGAGGACACUGAAGGAGAAUCUGCGGGUGCUGGAGAACCGGCUGCGGGCAGGCCUGUGUGACCGCUGCAUGGUCACGCAGGAGCUGGCCAGGAAGAAGCAGCUGGAGCUGGAGAGCUCCCACCUGCAGGGCCUACAGCACCUCUUCCUCCUCACCAACGAGUUGAAGGCGUUGAAGGAAGAGAACGAGGCCCUGAGGGAGGCCGUGAGGCGGCUCCGCCUGGCGGACAGACCCAAGCCACCGCCCAGGGAGGCCAGCUCGGAUCCGCCCUCCCCCACUGGCUGGAAGGCUGGGCCCGAGAGGCCACCCACAUUCCACCAGGAGGCAGAGGAAGACCCCCGGGGUGCGGACCCACAUGGAGAAGGAAAGACGCCUGCCGUGUGCGGGAUGUCUCCAGGGGCCAAAGUCUCCCCGGGCGCCAACCUGCCCGAGCCUCGGGCCCCAGACGUGAGCCCACAGUGCAUUGCCAACCAGCUGCACGGCACCAUUGCCACCGUGCGGCCUGGGGCCCGGGCCUGCCCUGUGGACCACGGCUCUGCCGACGGAACGCCCCCGCCACUGCCCACCAGGAACAGCCCGCCCAGCCCUGCGUGCGAGCACAGCCUCCCCCUGCACAGCUUCCUGCGGGCCCCCUCUGCCUCGGCCUUGGAGUCCCUGAAGCGCUGCCUAAAGUCCGACCGCCUCUGCCUCCUGAGCCGCCACCUGGCCCUGCACCUGCAGGGCCCCCACGGCGGCCCCUUGGCCCCCGCCACAGCCCCGGGCAGCUCCCAGCCCCAGGGCCUGACAGCCGCAGAGGCAGAGUCCUGGGAGGAGCCCACGGGCCUCCUGGGCCUCCCCGGCACCCCGGCGGGCAUGCAGGACCCACGGCUGGAGGGCGCACUGCACCUGCUCCUGGCCCAGCAACAGCUGCGGGCCCGGGUGGGCAGUGCCAGGCUGAGGGCCACCCCCAUGCCAGGGGAGACACUGCCUUCCCCACCACUCGGCCUGGACGCCAAGGGUCCCGAGAAUGAGGGGGCUGGGGCAGCUCUGCCCACAGCAGCCCUGGCUGGGGGGCGGCAGCCACAGCCCGGAGGCCCAGGCAGCCCCGAGAAGGAGACCUCACAGGACUGUGGCCCAGACAAGCCUCUAGACCUCUCAGACCGGGGCCGGAAUGGCCUCAAGCCCACCGCCCGGCCUGAGUCACUGGGCCCUGCAGGUACCCGCGCCCCCAGCCCGGAGCCCCCCCAAGGAACCGAACCACCUGCCCUGACGCACAGCCCUGGGGCACUCGGCAGUGACACCAAGGGGACCGGAGCGCCAGAGCCGGAGGAGCCGCCCACGCCCGUGGCACCGCGACGGCCUUUCCCCUCUCCAGGAGGGACAGCAGAGGAGGCCGGAGCGAGGCCAAAGCCAGCCGCCCACCUGCAGGGGCCAGGCAGAGGCGGCCACCCAGAGCUCAGCAAGGCUGGAACACAGAGACCAGAGACGGACGAGCUGGACGAGCCCGACCCCUCAGACAGCGAGCUGAUGUACUCGGCCACACCCCCAGGGGAGGGCCUGCUGAUGUACUCGGCCACACCCCCAGGGGAGGCCCUGCUGAUGUACUCGGCCACACCCCCAGGGGAGGCCCUGCUGAUGUACUCGGCUACACCCCCAGGGGAGGCCCUGCUGAUGUACUCGGCCACACCCCCAGGGGAGGCCCUGCUGAUGUACUCGGCCACGCCCCCAGGGGAGGCCCUGCUGAUGUACUCGGCCACGCCCCCAGGGGAGGGCCUGCUGAUGUACUCGGCCACACCCCCAGGGGAGGCCCUGCUGAUGUACUCGGCCACACCCCCAGGGGAGGCCCUGGUCAGGGGGGAGGCCCUGGUCAGGGGUGGGGGGCCGCUGGCCCCGACUGUGCCCCCUUCUGCCCAGCUGAUGUACUCGGCCACGCCCCCGGGGGAGGCCCUGCUGAUGUACUCGGCCACGCCCCCCAGGGGAGGCCCUGGUCAGGGGUGGGGGCCGCCUGCCCUGACUGUGCCCCCUUCUGCCCAGCUGAUGUACUCGGCCACGCCCCCAGGGGAGGGCCUGCUGAUGUACUCGGCCACACCCCCAGGGGAGGCCCUGCUGAGCGCCAAGGCAGAGGCUGAGCCAAGCGCGCCCGGGGGAGGGCGCAGGUGCACCCAGGAGCAGCGGCAGGGUCUACAGCAGAAGAGGAAGCCGGCCUCAGAGCUGGGGGGCAAAGCCGCCAAGAAGCUGUCCCGAGGGAGAAGGAAACCAGGAGGGUCUCCGGCCGCAGCCGACGCCCCGGCAAGCCCGAGGGACGCCGAGGACCACAGUCCCUGCCCCAGCGACUGGGAGGAGACCUAG